AUGACUUGGCAGAUUUGCUUGUUUGUCUUUCUGGCUAUUAGCUGUUCUGAUGGACAAAUUCUUACAGAUUCAGUUUUUGAUCAGAUAAAAGAAGAUAUUAUCAGAUUGGAGCAAGACUAUAAUGCAAGUCAAUCUGAUGUUGCUGUGGGUAAACCUGUUUUCACAAAUAAACUGCACGACACCCUGUGGUCAGAGGGCAAAGAAAAAAGGAUCUUACUUGCCCAAAUAAUUUCCAUGUACUGGAAGAUGCUGAAAAAUUCAACCAAUAUUGGAACUGCUAAACACAUCAGGAACCUAGUAAAUGCUCUGGAAUUAUACAAAACAAAAUACAAUGAGAGCUUGAGGAAAGCAACUGAUAUAAUUGAGUUGUCAAAGCUUCCGCUGACCGAUUUAAAACUUCAGCGCAAGGCAGUAGUUGAACUGUACCCAGUUUUACAGGAAGUGAACAAAGAAGAGAUCCAGAGAAAGAGGAGAAGCAAGAAACCCAAUCCCCAACGCCUGCAGCGACUCCGACCAUACCACAGAGGCUAG